CUUCCAAUGAGGAAGUGUGAUUGUUGUAGCAGACAGUCACGAGUUUCGUGUAUUAGUGUGUUUUAGGGUUGUUGUAGCCACAGGUUGGGGUGCGGUGGAAAGGUUGUAUUGUUAGUUUAGACUCCGUUGGCUCCUCGAUAUCGAUACCAAGCCCUGUAGAUUGUUGUGGAGCUUUUGGACUCAGGGCUUUGCCCUGCUCUUCCUGAAUUACUUGUAUGUGUAGCUUCCAGCAGUAAAGUACGUCCCAUUAAACACGGGCAGCACUUCCUUUUCAUGCUCCUUCAGUGUGGAAACCCCAUUGUCGUGACAAGCCCUCGUUAUUAACCAUGAAUUCCCGGGACACUAGUGAGCGGACCCCGCUGCUGGGCGGCCGGGUGAACUCCAUUCAGAACCCGGGCUCAGUGUUCGCUGGACGCCGCCUGGCUUGCGCAGCUGUGCUUCUUUCCGAGUUGUUCGAGAGAAUGGCUUUCUACGGAAUAACUUCCAAUCUUGUACUAUUUCUCAAUGGUCCGGACUAUAAUUGGGAGGGCACCCAAGCCACCCAGGCUUUGCUGCUCUUCAUGGGCAUUACUUAUUUGGUGUCGCCCUUCGGGGGUUGGCUGGCUGAUGCCCUGCUUGGACGUUUCUGCACUAUUCUCAUUAGCAUGGUACUCUAUUUAGUGGGCAUGCUGGUUUUCCCUAUGAUAACCUACAAGGCCACCCGCUCUGGUUUUUGUGGGGAUGGCCACUUAGCAUUGAUAGAAAACUGCACGGUGCCCAGUAAUGUCACCAUCGCCCCCAACAGCACAUGCAAAUUAACGUCUGGGAGAUACUGUGCACCUGCAAUCUUCGUGGGCCUGAUUAUAGUGGGAUUGGGAGUGGGCACAGUCAAGGCGAAUAUUACUCCAUUUGGUGCCGAUCAGGUGAAAGAUCGGGGACCAGAAGCUACUCGCAGAUUUUUUAAUUGGUUUUACUGGAGCAUUAAUUUAGGAGCAAUUAUAUCACUUAGUGGAAUAGCCUAUGUUCAGCAAAAUGUGGGAUUCCUUCCUGGCUAUAUCAUCCCUGCUGUCUGUAUUGGAAUUUCAUUUUUGGUGUUUUUGUGUGGACAGACAGUCUUUGUUACAAAGCCAGCUGAUGGCAGUGCCUUCACUGAUAUGUUUAAAAUUUUGUCAUAUACCUGCUGUACAAGAAAACCACAAAAUAGAAGACAAAACAUCCAAAACAAUGGUUCACUUGAACAGAAGCAUAACCAAAGUAUUUUGGAUAUGGCAAAAGCUUCACAUGGAGGACCUUUCCGGGAAGAUAAGAUAGAAGACGUAAAAUCACUUCUAAAGAUAAUUCCAGUUUUCCUGGCGCUAAUACCUUACUGGACAGUGUAUUUUCAGAUGCAAACUACUUAUGUUCUUCAGAGUCUUCAUUUAAAAAUACCGCAGAUAUGGAAUAACAAGAAUCACAUGUUCCCAGCAGCUUGGCUUACUAUGUUUGAUGCAGUGUUAAUUUUGCUACUGAUUCCACUGAAGGAUAAGGUAGUAGACCCUGUUUUGAAAAGAAAAGGCCUGCUGCCAUCAUCCCUGAAAAGAAUUGCAGUCGGAAUGUUUUUUGUAAUGUGUUCUGUAGUUGCUGCAGGUAUUCUGGAAACCAAACGAUUAGAAAUUGUGAAACUUGGUACGAUUACUCAGAACAUAGGAAAUGUUUCAUACUAUGCUGCAGAUUUAGCUGUAUGGUGGCAGCUUCCACAGUAUAUUCUAAUUGGAAUCAGUGAAAUAUUUGCAAGUAUAGCUGGUUUGGAAUUUGCUUAUUCUGCAGCACCUAAAUCAAUGCAGAGUGCCAUUAUGGGAUUGUUCUUUUUCUUUUCUGGUAUUGGUUCUUUUGUUGGCUCUGGACUUCUCGCCUUGGUGUCUUUGCCAGCAGUUGGAUGGAUGAGCAGUCAUUUAGAUCAUGGUAACAUUAAUGGCUGCCAACUAAAUUAUUAUUUCUUCUUACUUGCUGCAAUCCAGGCAGUAACUCUUAUAAUCUUCAUUGUAAUUUCUGUGAAAUUUGAGCACCAACAGUCCAAAGCCAAUGGAAAAACAUAACUAUAUUUGUUAUCAUCUGAGGAAAUUCAUUGCGGUGGAGAAUCUGUCAAACUGAUGCUGUGGCUGAUCUAGUGCCUGCAAUGUUCUACAACAAACAUCAGUUUUCUUGCUUGAACACUUUACUUUUGAAGCAUAAAAGGGGUAGGGUGGGUUGGUGAAUUUAUAUUUGUAAACAUGCACUCUUAUUCAAAGGUAUGUAAGUUCCAAAAUGUAUUAAAAAUCUUAAUAGUCUAGUUUUAAGUAAAAUUGACUAUACUUUACAGGCUUUUUAUUGCCCUAAACAGUAAAACCUAUUUUUACUUGGAUGGCAGAGAAAAAUAUUCCAGUUUAAGACAAUAAUUAAAUCCUAAUUGCUUUUUUGUGUGACUGUCUUAAUGUCCAGAACCUCAUGGAUCACUGUAAACAUUGUGUAUUUUUGCUAGCCUUUUACGUUGAUCUGCCAUUAAAUAUAUUUAUUUCUUAUUCAUUGAUAUAAUUUUGCUCAUGUUGGCGGACAUAGCUUAACGUUCAUCUUUAUUGAUAUUGGUAAUAAAAAUGAUAUAUUUAAAUUACCUACCUUUUUAAAAUGUAGCAUGUAGGUAUCUUAAAAAUAAAAAUGCAGAUUAUUUUGUUUAAAAUGCACAAAAUGAUGUACUCCAUGGCACUGGUGCAUUCAAAACAAGUUUCUCCCAAACAGCUUUCAUUGCUGUUGUAAAUAGGGUUGCCACCUUUUCCUCAACAAAAUACCGGCCAUGGAUGAGGGUGGAACCACAAAUGGGCGGAGCCAAACAAGUCCAAUUCCCUUAAUGAUGCAUAAUUUUCCACCUGCUGUGGUAUGCAAAUAUUCUAAUGGCUAUAGUAUUACUCUGAAGGUGUCCUAGUCUUCUGCCAGAUGUUUCUGUAUGAGAUUAAUUUAUCUGUAAUGCAUUUCUGCAAAUUCUUCCUAUAACGUCACAUUAUUAGAAGAUAAACUACACAGCCCAUGGGCAUAGAUUCUGAUAUUUAGAGAAUAACCCAUAAAAGAGUGGAACUUUUCAGAAAUGUAAUGUCUUUAAUUGAUGUGUGUAAGAUUUUUCUUGAAAAAAACUCAACACUUUUUAUUUCGUUGAGUGGAACCCUUUUUUUAAAACAGUAGUUUCCCUUUUAUCAUGUUUCCUUGGAGACCAGUUUAAGCAAAUAGUUCUGUAAAUUUGCAGUAAUCUGUAAAAAAAAAAGGGUUCCACAAUAUAUAUAUAUAUAUAUCAAGAUACGCUUCCUUGUUAAGAUAGCUUUUCCCCUUCCCAGCAGGUUGCAGUAAACGGUUUGCGUGUUGCAGUAAAUAGUGAGCAGGUUGCAUUGUGCACAGUAUUAUACAAUGAUUUUGGGUUCAGCACCAUAAGGAAUAAGAUUGGCACACUAGAUCAUAUGCAGUGUGCUCGCUAGAGCGCGCACACAUGUGCGGACCAAGGUUAAAUAGAGUAUUGUGUUGCUUGCUUGCUGGGAAUUGUAGUUCGGAAGGCUGCAAUACCACGAGUGCCUGGUGGAAAGUUUGGUAACCUCUAACCUCACGACAUGGAAGCCAAACAGAGAGAGGGAAUUAAAUCUGAGCUGAGGGCGAUAGAGAACAGCACUGACAGCUUAUGAGACCAUGCAGAGCAGCCGGCACCGGCAAUAUGUACACAACCCCUUCUCACCUCCCACACUGUGAAAAACAUAACCAAGUGCACCAGCCAAUUAGACAGUUCUGGGUUUUUAGCAACCAAUGACUGUGCAGGUUUAGUUUCAGAUCUGUCGGUGAUGACUAGAGGAAGAGACGUCAUCUUUGCAAAGUGUGGACGGAGGAGGAGAAACAAUGGGAAAAGGGUUCCUGAAAAGGCUUUUGCAUUGCUGGUAUUUUACUAAUAUCAGUUCCUAAGCGCUGAUUACCGGCUGUGCCUGUAAAAUACCGACUGGCUGGCAACCCUAGUUGUAAACUGGUGAUAAACUGAAACAUCUCCAUAGGCUAAGAAUUGAUAAACUUGCUUUCCCGCCAGCUUACAACUGCAAUGGAAACUAUGCCUGAGAUACCUGCUUAGUGUCUGGGGUUAUAAAGUACAUGUAUGUAUAAUGAUAAUUCUUUCAUGUCCUACUCUUUUUGAAAAUUAAAAUGAACCGUUUAAAUUGUGGUUUUUUUUUUUUUUUUAUCAUGACCAUGGUGCCAUAGAGAUCUAAUUUAUUCUUAAAGGGAAUUGGUCUUGCACCCUUUCAGAACCAAAUCUGCAUAUUAUUAGAGACUUAGAUUCUGAUCUUUUCAAAUAUGAAUACUGACAGUGUGUGUGCUUGCUAGCAUAUUUACCUUUAAUUGCUUCUACCUAUAAAAUAGUAUGUUUGUUGUGAAGACACAGAUUAUACUAUUGCAUGAUGUAAGCAUCAGCCUUUAAAACACUUUGAGAACAUUCUCAGUUCUGCAGCAAUCCGUAAAAAUAGAUUGUGUAUAUUUCCAUUCUUAAUAUUCAGGUUAUUUUAUUGAAAUUAAACCACUGUGUAUUUAGUGGAUGAUGCAGGUUUUUCUAUUGACUGGUCACUCCAGACGAACUAUACACGUAAUGGAGCAAUCUUUUUCUAAAUGUUUACCAAGAUAUAAUCACUUUUUUCUUAUGUGCAUUUUGUAACAUCCUUCACAAACGCCUGUAAUGAUAUUGGUUGAAAUAACAUAUUGGAUUAACACUUUUUGUAUAUAAAAUAUAUAAUGUGAUUUUACAAUCUGUCAACAUAUAUAGCUGACCUUCCUUUUCAUGGGCAGGGAGGCCGUUUUAUUCUCUAAAGGGGGCAAAGCUAAAGUAUACCUAGGAAUUAGGGAUAAUCUAUGAUUUGUACUCUUGGAGACUGCUAACCUUGAGUUUGUAAUUUAAAAGGUUUAGUUAUGCAUAGUAAAACAACUUUGCAAUACACUAUUUAUUUUGCUCCUUUUCAUGUAAAUUUGCUCUAAAAAUCCUUAGAACUGAAAAAAGCACUCUGCAAAUAUUUUAAGGCUAACUCUUCGACAUAGUUUUCAUUAAUUAGUUUUAACAGAUAAGAAUAGCAAAACAAUGCAUUUUAUACUAGCAUAAUAACCAUAGCUAGCCUAGUGAUCUGUAGACUCUGUGCCUGAUAAGACAUGUGGUGGGUGGGGUUUGGCUAUUAGAGAAAAACAACUGCAACAAACAAUGCUUUAGACUUGACUGAUAUGUUUAUAGCAAGACAGUACAAGUGUUGUAAUUACAAGGUGUUUACUGUUUAACACAGCAGCAGCAUAUUAGGGCUGUAUGCUAAUUUAGAAUAAUCCUUUGUAAAUGGUGUAUGUAAAUGGAGUGUUUCUUAUGAUGAUUGUAUUGUAUUUUUGUUUCCUAUAAAAUCUUAUUUGCGUAUUA